AUGAGAAUCUCGAUGCUGCCCUCCAAAGUCAUUCUUCUACCUGCUCUGCGUUCCGUUUCGGCGGCGUCUAUCCCACCCGAGUCAAUCGCGCGCGCGCGACAGGUUGCGCACCUCGAGCACCUCGAUUCCGUCACCGCGGCGGUGGUGAAUGCGACCGCCUCGAAUGUCACCUGCAAGGCACCUGCUGUUCUAGCUCAGGAUCGUGAGUUCGGGUUCCCGUUCCAUUCAGAAGAGUAUGCUCGGAGGAUCGAGCUAAUCACCCUGCACCUACCGCGACCGGAUUCAUGUGCAGGAAAAGGCUGCUGCGCCGAUCCUCACGCGACAUCAUGUUCGAGCCAGUCCAACUCUACCUCGUGUGCCGACCGAUACGUAGUGGUUAAUUAUAGAUGUGAAAUGAUUCGAUGCGCACCUCCGCGCGUUGCUGCCGACAAUAGUAGGUCAAGAAAGAUUGAUAAAUUAGAAGUGAUUAGGGAAAAUGUGAAAACUCAUCUGCUCGAUCACUUUCUCUGCGGUAAACAGAUGGCGAUUGCUGCGUGGAUUCUCACGCGACGUCUUGCUGGAACCCCUGGCACUCGACUAUCUGUGAACUUGGGUGGGAGGUUCAAGGUGGGACCUCAUGCGUGCGCAUAACUUGUCGCACCCCUUACUCCGUGCUGGCAGACAAUGGUAAGCUCAGCUCUCCGUUCAAACGGAGCUUCAAGGCCCCCGACUUUACCGCUCACCUCUUUCGUGUUCCAAACAUUGACGGGAUGGUUACACAGGCCGUGGCUGCUGCUCGGACGCCUUGGCGCUGUCCUGCUCAGACCCCGCCACCUCGACCAAUUGUCGCUUGGGCUACAAACUCGGCAACGGUACUUGUUCCACUAUCCCGUUCUGCUUUGUACCCAAUCCGGUCGUAUCAAACGAUGGUAAGUCUUCCGCUUUCGGGCCCACCACGUUGGCAGGUUCGUUACAAUAAUCUCUGUUCUCGGCAUCACUUCAGGCAAGGGCUGUUGCUCCGACCCUAUGGCUACGGCGUGCUCUGAGCCCAAUAACGCCACCGACUGCGCAAAGGGAUACUUGCGUCAAAGGGGUGGCACUUGCUGGGAGAUUCCUCGAUGUCUAAACCCGAUCACUUCGGCAGAUGGUGAGCAGUUCAGGUUCUUGGUGUUCAGACUCAAGCUUCUUCGACUACCGACUCAUCUGCCAAUCAUUCGCAUUCCAUCCGCAAAGGUGUCGGUUGCUGUCAGGAUCCACACGCUACAGCCUGCUCAGACAUAUGGAAGGCGACUGCUUGCGAACAAGGUUACGAGACGGACCAGAAUCAUGUAUGCACUUGGACACCGAGGGCAACGUAUGUUCUACCGCGCCGGAUGA